AUGGUAACUCCUCAAGACAAGCCCUUGAAGAAGAUGAAGUUUGUUUCAUCUGCUGAGACAGAACCAACCAGCACGACAACAAUUUCUGAGGAUUCAAAGUCAGGUCGAGGUAUGAGCACAAUGCCUCGUGUUGUGAAGAGAAAAUUGCAGAAAAUCAAGCCAGUUGUUGAGUACAAUAAAAGGGGGAAAGGAUGUGGCCCUGCACAUACUGAGAUGCAGUCCUACAUUGGUGUGUUGGCACGCUCCAGAGUCCCACUUGUGGACAAGAAAUGGGCUGAAAUCCCCAAGGAUAUAAAGGAGCAGAUUUGGGAAGCCGUUGACAUGGCUUUUGUGGUAGGUCAAGGGGGCAAGACCUCGGUGUUAUCUUCUGCUGCCAAGAAAUGGAAGGAUUUCAAGUCUACACUGACGAGGCAUUAUAUCCUUCCAUACAUCAAGGAGAGGGAGAAAUUAAGCCAACCCCCUGAAAUAUAUAAAUUCAUAGAGAAAGCAGAAUGGGAUGCCUUUGUAGCUUCAAGGAUAUGCUGGUUUGGAGGAUCAAUUGGAGGAAACCAUGCCUGGGGGAGAGUAAAAGGGGUAGGUGCUGGGAUUUCCCCUAGGCAAUUCUUCAAUUUACCUAGACAACAGAGGGUAAAGUUUGCCGAUCAAUUGAAGGAAAGUGUAAGAAUUGUCGUUCAAGAAGUGACUAAGAAGAUGGAAGCUAGAUUAAGGGAAGAGACUUUAAGGAUGGAGGCUAGAACCAAGCAAUUGGUAGAGGCUGAGAGGGAACAUUUACUAAGUCAGCUUUCCCAACUCAUCCCCAAUUUUGAUCCAAGCAUGCUUAAACCGAAAACUAGCCCUUGUCAAAACCAAGGUGUAGAGCAAAGUCCCAAAAAUCCAAUGUCUGACAAAGCAAGCUGUUCUGGGGCUGAUGUGAGAUCCCUACAUUUAGAGGAUGAUACUGCCAAAAAUGGGGAACAGCAGGAAGAAAUGAAAUUUGGGGCUUUAGAAAAUCAAGAUGAAGAGAAGAAAGAAGAAAAAAAAGAUGAAGAGAAGAAGGGAGAAAAAAAAGAUGAAGAGAAAGAAAAAAAAGAGAAAAAUGAUGAAGAGAAGAAAGAAGAAAAACAAGAUGAAGAAAAGCAUGACGAAGAGAGGCAGAAUGCAAAAACAAAGCAUUCUGCCUCUGCCUCUCUCUCAACCUCUCUGCCGCUGCUGGGACUUCAAUACAUUGAUUGGAACCCGAACAGAUGCGCAGACGAAUACUUGGAUGGAAUCGAGGAUUUUAUUGAGUUUGCACGUAGACACAACCCGGGUGCAACUAGAAUCCGUUGUCCUUGUAGGAGGUGCAACAACACGUUAUGGGAGACAAUUGAAAAUGUUGGAUUUCAUUUAGUAAGGAAUGGAAUGAUUGAGACAUAUAGCAUUUGGAACCUUCACGGGGAACAAUUAGAGCAUGCUUCGUCUUCAAAUGCCACAAGAGUGGACAAUGUUCAACCUAUUGUGGAUGCUAAUGAUCAAGUCAUGGAUAUUAUACAUGAUGUUUUUCCAUUUGCAUCGACCAACAUGAAUCAAGAAGAGCAAGAUGAUGUGCCUACACCAAUAGACAGUGCGGAGUUUGAACAAUAUGAAAAUUGUUAA